UCACAGGCGUCAAUGGCCAGGGAAAAACGAAAAUUCUCUGGUGCCAAUGCGAGUACAGCUACACCGGCCCUCGCUCUCUCUUCGCCCUUUGUGGGCUACAUAAGGGCCGCCCUUUCGCCUCUUCCUCCCCCACCUCUCUCCAUCACUCCAACAGCUCCUCCCCUUCCCCUUCCUCCUCCUCCUCCUCCUCCACACUCCACACUCCACACCGGAUGCCCUCCUCCUCAGCCCUACCCCUAUGCCACUCAACAGGUGAGUUAUACAUUGCAGUCGGGGUCAGUCGUACUGCAGCGGAAGUCGGGGUCAUCCGCCCUCCAGUGCAGCAGUCAUGAGUCUUGAGGCGGGUAUCGCUCCUGGAUCGAAGCUUUGUCCAAGCGAGAGAGUUUUCUCCUACAUGGCCGCACCAACGACACAGGCACCACGGUCACCACAGCAAUACCUCCUCAUCGCGAGCCGGAGGCACAAGAGGGUCGAACCCAUGCAAGAAGGACAACAGUCGACUCGUCGGAGCCGAGAUAGCCCAGCCCAUCCAAGCAUGAAGUCUCCCCAAGCGAGUUUCUGGCAUAGCUGGGACCCUCAAGCAAAUGUCCUCGCCACCACCGCAAUCACAGAGAUGAUCGAGCCCAUACAAGAGGGAAUUUUGACGAAAAUGGCCUACGCGGAUGAGCUCGGGUUCCUCGUGCAUUCGAUGACGGAAGGUUUCUUGCUCGAAAGGUCCCUCUAUCCAGAAGACUCACAGACAGGAUGUUUGCACGGGCUCGACCAUCUCGGAGACAGCGAUCGAUGAAGACAUUUCUUGCACAGGAUCGACCCCUUCUGCCUCAAGGGUAUAGUUGCACGCACUGUACUGGGCGCGCUUGCAGCCUCGACAGCCUGCUUGACCGUUUUGCCUUGUCCGAGAUGACUUCGAGCCUGGCUCAGUCUCGCGACCAUCAAAUCCGCCGACGCAAAGAAUCUUCUCGGGACGAUAGGGAACCUCGGACGGAGACUGUCUGCUAGAGGGCUAAUGACCACGUGACCGGACUGACCCCGGGCUCUGAGCUCACUAGCCAUACUGCUGGAUCAGAUGUGCUAACGAUGAAAAAUUCUUGCCCCCUUUUGGAUGCGCUAGAGCCCACGACCACCACCUGUACCUUGCCCCCACCCCUCACCCCCUCCCCCAACCCCGACCCUCAUUGUUGUACAUAGUCUUCAUCGUCACUACAAU